UACAAAUCAAGCAAGCUACAAUGGCCUUCAAGUUUAUUGUUUUCGCCGCCCUCGUAGCAGCCGCAAACGCUGGACUUAUACCUGCAGCGGCUCCUUUAUCCUACGCACCAGCCGCGCAUUUGGCUUACUCUGCCCCAGUGGCAGUAGCUGCUCCACUGGCUAAGACUGUGGUUGCUCCAGUGACCAAAACGGUAGUGGCUAAGGCAGUGGACGACGAAUACGACCCCCAUCCUCAAUACAGCUACGCUUACGAUGUGCACGACAGCCUUACCGGCGAUGCCAAGAGCCAACAGGAAACCCGUGACGGAGACGUAGUUCAGGGCAGCUACUCCCUCCUCGAGGCUGACGGAACCAGACGUAUCGUUGACUACACCGCCGAUCCAGUUAACGGAUUCAACGCUGUCGUUCGUAAAGAAGCAGCCGCCGCUCCUCUCAUUGCCGCGCCAGUAGCCAAGAUCGCCGCUGCUCCAAUUGCUAAACUCGCCGCCGCUCCAGUCGCCUACGCCGCCCCUGUGGCCAAACUCGCAACUGCACCAGUCGCCUAUGCCGCCCCAGUCGCCAAGAUUGCCGCUCCCCUCGCCUAUGCUGCCCCAGCUGCUCAGUUCGCCUAUGCUGCUCCAGCUGCUGCCUCCCUUGCCUAUGCUGCUCCAGCUGCUGCCCCCCUUGCCUAUGCUGCCCCAGGUGCUGCCCGUCUCGCAUACGCCGCCCCAGCCCAAGCCCUCAUCCACUGA